UCGUCGUCGCCUCGUAGAACAAAGUGGGUGCUGCAUCCGUCUGCUGGGUGAGACGGGGUAGGAAGACAGGGCACGUACGUCACAUACACGGCAGGGUAGCCCGCAUUUACAAAUGUGAAUCCGGAAAUCAUUGCCAAUUGAAAAUCCGAUUUCUAAACUACAAAAUCACGCAUGGUUGUAUCAAUUGGCUCAUAAUUUAAGGACGCCAAAGAGAACAUGAGCUGAAUGUUAUUUCAAGAUCGGUGAGUAUAAAUGGACCACCGGAGUUCCCCUUCAACCUUGUAUGAAUUGGUAAAACCACUCGAUUCAAUUAUUGCCUGUCCCCAACAGCUCAUGUGUGCCAAACUUAAGAUGAACGAUAAUGGUUGCGGAUGAAAUUUAUCAUCUGUGAGGGCUCAGCAACGUAGACAAGACGGCGAUAAUGUGAAAACGACCUUAAUAAAGCGGAGCUACGGUAUAAAUGGAGUCAUGAAGCAGGCGCGCGCCUAGGAACAACUACGAAACUGCGUCCCGACUAGCUCGAACAUGGAGCACAGGGAUGCCAGAUUACGUGAGGUCUCACACAUUACACUCUCAUACGCUAUGGGCGCCCUCUGUGUGGUUGAACUAAUAAGGCAGGAAAUUACGUGAAAAAAGAGAACCACGUGACGGUUCACGUCUUGAGUUAUUUGGAGGCGUCUGUGCCCAGGAGAGACGCUGAUGCGAGGAAGAGGACGAGCAGGUGAGCGCAAGCCGGCGCGAGCCCUGGCGCGUGAAUGCGAAACGAAGGCUAACAAGAAGAACCACCAGCCAGCGAACGACAUGCCUCGCGACGCUCUGCUCUCCAACUCGGACACGCCAUCACCAGAAUCUCCACUGGGCCGACGUCCCGAACCGGCGCAGGAGGUGCCACACAGGGUGCCGGAGGGCGCACGUGCCCCCCGCUACCAUCGGGCCGCGCCGCGGCGUUACACGGGCUUCGCAGGACUCGGCACCGCCGAGGUCGCUCCCGACGUCAUCGUGUUCACGCCGCGUCGGACGCCGCCGAGCGCCCAGGACGGAGCCCCCUUGAUCGGCUACACGCCGUCUCCCGAGCGACGGGCGUCCAUGGGGCCUGGAGAGACUCCCGAGGAAGAGCGCCAGUGCAAGCGCAGCUGGGCCCUGUGCGCCGCCGCCAUGGCGCCCGUGAUGUUCUCCACCUGGAUGCUGCUGCUGCCCUUCAUGUUCCACAGCAAUGUUCCCGUCGUCCAGCUGCCGUCAUCGCCGCCGUUGCCGGAGCCCAGCGCCACCACUUCGGGAGGUCCCUCGGAAGAGACAGCGGCACCUGAACCAAAAACGGUACCUCUACCGACGCUGCCUCCAACCAAGGGCUCCACUCGGUCUCCUACGACGACCAGAGCGUCGAAAGGCCCUUGCCUCGACCCGCCAAUCAUUCCCGACAUCACCGGGGCGUUCAACGCGACCGUCUACCCGCUGAACAACGCCCUGGCCACACCGUCACCCUCCGAGCUAAUGUGUCUAUUCAACAACACGCGCUUGUUGGACGACAACGGUGCGACCCGACACUACUCGAUCCUGUCGCUUCCCUUCCAGGUCUGCUCCAAGCUUGUCUACUGGUCAGUCGGCAUUGAGGAGGGCAAGAUCAAGAGCAGGCUGCCAGUCUUCGACCAGCUGUACGGGUUGCAACAACUGCGCCGCACCACGGACCUACUCGGCUUCAAGGAGAUCAAGAUCCUGGUCACUGUAGGCGGAUACGGCUCCGAUACGCCUGAGUUCACCAAAGCCGGUAGCGACCCGUCCGUGUUGGCCACGCUCACCACUAGUGUCCUCGAAGCCCUCAGCGCGUACCGCCUGGACGGUGUCACCCUGCACUGGGUUAAGCCACGGCCGGAGUGUCGAAGCGGCGAUGAUCUGCUUUCAUUUGUCCGGGUCGUGCUCGGAAUUCACAGUGCCUUCGCCCGGAGCACCGAGCACACCGAGGGGAUCAUCGCGGUCAUUACUGACAACGACCGCAUCAGCGCCGACUACUCCCGCAAGGUGUCCCACGUGGUGGACUACUACUUCGUGUACACCUACCGGGUGCCCCCCAAGAUGCCCGACCCGUACCGACUAUGCAGAAUGUUCACCGAGCAGACGAACUCCACCAUCCGCGACUUUACCAGCGACGGCGCUGGUGGUUCGGGCGUCAGGACGAGUAGUCUCUGCGUCAUCGAGUCGCUGGCUCCGAUCGCCGUAGCCGGAGUGUGGAACUCGACCGCCGGUCGCGUCCUGAUGCCCCAAGACGGUAGCCUUUACGGACGUGCGCCUUUUCACGCGGCCUGCAACGACCAGAGCUUCUGCAAGGACAACCGGUCGCAGUCGUGCAUCCUCCAACGCCUGGGAGGCGAUAAGAACAACGUCACCUUCUACGCGGUCUCCUCGCUGACGCAGUAUUACGACCGCUUCAGCAUGGACGCACUCGGCGUGGGCACGGGUCACCUUUGCGUACUGAUUACGGACUUCGACUACGACAACUACGACGGAACAUGCAACGCGCCCUUCGUCCGGUACCUGCUCGUCAGGAACCUGUACCACGGUUCCCGGAGCCGGGUUCAGACUUCGCAUUCUGGGUUGUACAGGAAUCCCGACUGUACCUUUUUUUCCUAAGCACACUAUAUGUGUGUAUAAUAUAUGCCUUAUAUUUUGAAACACUUUUUUUGCAAGCCUCUUGCCAUUUUUAUUGAGGCAAAUUGCUAGAGGCUCGUUUGCUGAGAAUUUGGUGCACUGUCCAGGAUCUCAUUUGGUUGAAAUUUCGUCUGCCCUCAUUUAUUUCCUCUCUAAGGAGCAUAUUGGGAUUCUAAGACGUCAAAC